AUGCAUCGCCUACAAUUUCCGUCGCCACAGCAACAGGGUUUUCAGACAGGACUCAGCUGUCGCACAACCGCCUUCAACUUCCAGGAAACAGUCUACACGCAGAUAGAAACCGGGAGUAACGUGUACACGGCGUGUUUAGACCAGAAAGCCGCAUUUGAUUCUGUAUGGCACACCGGGAAGAACCUGUGUGAACCCUUGGACGCACCCGCACAUGGAACAAUUGCCUGUGGGGCUGGGUUCCCGUUCUAUUCGUGCACAGCCUCAUGCGACCCUGGAUACGAGUUCUCUAACAAGAUGACGACGGACAAACGCGAGUGUGACCAAAUGUUCGGGGAUUGGUUUGACCCACCCGGAAUGGACAUCCCUGACUGCCAUCCGUCGUGCAGCCCCGCCUGUCAGAACGGGGGCUCGUGCCUGCUACCCAACACGUGCGGAUGUUCCAGCGGCUUUAUGGGCGCCCAGUGCCAAUUCCCGGCAAGUAACUGCGCAUCCCCACCGACUCCUCAAAACGGCCAGGUCACGUGCCAGCAGGACACUUCCGGUGCUCGGUGCACAGUUGCAUGUAACCAGGGAUACAAACCCCUAUGGGCCAUUGCCCCGAGUUACACGUGCUCCCCGGACGGUAUCUGGUCGCCCGAUCUGGCUGAGAUCCCGGGUUGUGUGGAUGAGUCGACACCCAUUAACGAGACCCACGUACCGAGCCCUACCCACCCACACACCGGAAGUGCGCGGUGCGUGGUCUGGGGCCAGGACCACUACCGUACGUUCGACAACAAAAUCUACCACUACAAGGGAGCGUGCAAUUACGUGCUUGUCAAGGAUGCGGUCGCCAACAGCUUCCAAAUACACGUGGCCAAUGAUAAGAACUGCCAGCCGGGACACAGGUGUAAACGUGAGCUAGACAUUUACAUGGGUAACGACCGGAUCUCUCUGAAGCGUGACGCUAGCGGCCCCGUCGUCACGUACAACGGCGCGGUGGUACCCGUCCCCUCCAGCAAGGGUGGGGUCAUCUUCGAGAAGAUCAGCUCAUACAUCGUGGUGAGGAGUAGCAUCGGCUUUCAGAUUCGUUGGGACACGUAUGAGAUGGUGUUUGUAACCAUUACGGAUUUCCUGCUUGGAAAGACAAAGGGUCUAUGCGGCACAUAUGACGGAGACCAGACCAACGAUUUCACCACGGACUCAGGAAAUGUUGUUACCGAGGCACCGGCCUUUGUCACCACGUGGAAACGCUCAUUUGCCGGGGAAACAUGCGCUGACCUGCCCCAGACCGGAUGCAACGCCGCAACUCCCCAAGCUGUCGACACUGCCACUUCCACAUGCGAGGCGCUAAUGGAAACCGAAUUUGAGAUAUGUCACCAUGCCGUUCCACCAGCGGCGUACAUCUCCGCCUGUAAGGAGGACUGCUGUGCCUCUUCCGGUCAAGACUGCCUAUGCAGCUCACUCGAAGCAUACUCCCGCGCAUGUCUGGAGCACAACAUAAGGCUGGACUGGCGCUCGGAUAACAGAUGUCCCGCCCAGUGCCCGGGUAAUCAGAUCCACAAGGAAUGCGGUAGCAUGUGCCUGAAGACGUGCCAGUCCCCGAGCUCGGCGUGCGAAGAUCACUCGUGCAUCGACGGCUGUUUCUGUCCGGACGGCAUGGUGCUUCUCAAUGAUCAGUGCGUUCAGAAGUCCGAGUGUCCGUGCAUGCUGAACGGAGUGGAAUACCGGAACGGCGAAAAGGUGCCCAAGGAGUGUAACAAAUGCACGUGCAUGGAAGGCGCGUGGCAGUGUACGAACAAACGUUGCGAUAAGACGUGUUCCGCUAUCGGCGACCCUCACUACAUGACGUUUGACGGGAAGCGGUACGACUUUAUGGGAGUGUGCUCCUAUUACAUGGUUCACGACCCGGGGACUUUCGACAUCAUCGUAGACAACAUCAAGUGUGGACACGGGGGCGAGUACUCCUGCACCAAGAGUCUCAGUAUCGACAUCAGUGGGCACCAUAUCAAGAUGGACCACAACCACCAGCUGUUCGUGGACGGCGAGGAAAUUACCAAGACUCCGCACGAAAAUGACGGCAUCAAGAUCUUUAUGGUCUCCUCGCUCUUCAUGAAGGCCGAGCUGUCCAAUGGAAUCACCAUACUGUGGGACGGACGGACCCGCGCUUACAUCACCGCCCCACCCUCCUUCAUCAACAAAACACAGGGUUUGUGCGGAACGUACGACUCCAACCAGAAGAACGACUUCAAAACCAAGGAAGGCGACAUCGAGACUAUGCCUAGCGCCUUCGGAAACCGCUGGAAGACGGUUCCGACGUGCAAGGAUGCCGGACCGGUCGUCAACCCGUGCGAAACAAAUGUGAACCGGAAGAACCAGUCAGCCCAGUAUUGUGCAUACCUCCGAAGUGAUGUCUUUCAAGCAUGUGCCAAUACUGUAGACGUGGAUUCGUUUUACCACGACUGCAUGUUUGACGUGUGCUCGUGUACAGAGAACGUGAAGAACUGCCUGUGUCCGAUCCUUGGAGAGUACGCUGCACAGUGCUCGGCCGCCGGUGUCGAGAUCCACUGGAGAACAUCCAUACCAGAGUGCCUACUGCCUUGCGAUGGCGGCCAAGAGUAUCAGGUCUGCCCGAACGAGUGCACGCGCACGUGUUCCAACAUCGCCAACGACCAGAGCUGUGUUCAAUCAUCUGUGUGCGCCGAAGGGUGCGCCUGUCCCGCCGACCAGACUCUUGACGACUAUGGCAACUGUUUAUCAAUCUCCAAAUGUCCCUGUUUGUUUGCGGGCAAUGAAUUCCUACCCGGCAUCACCGUGGGACGUGGCGAUCAGAUCUGCACAUGCGUGGACGCUCGUUGGGCAUGCGCAGCUAAGACGAUUCCAAUACCAACGACAAACAUCUGUAAGCCCAAACAAGAGUACUCCAGCUGUAUUUCCUCGUGCCCGAUGACGUGUGAGAACAUGCAUGAUUCCAUAUCGUGCAACACGACCAUGUGCGUUGAAGGGUGCAUCUGUAAGCCCGGAUAUGUGAAAGAAGGUAACGACUGUGUACUGAAGGCCGACUGUCCGUGCUACCACGGUAGCAAGGCUUACAAAGAGGGAGAAAAGUUCACCAUGGAUUGCAACGAAUGCACGUGUCGUAGCCGGAUGUGGGUUUGUGAACAGAAGGAUUGCCCGGCCGUGUGCAGCGCUUAUGGCGACUCCCAUUACACCACGUUCGACGGACGCUCGUACGAGUUUCAGGGUAGCUGUGACUAUAUGUUCGCGAAAUCAUCAGAGACUUCUCCCGUUAAGUUCGAGAUCACCACAGAGAACAUUCCUUGUGGAACCACGGGAGUCACGUGCACCAAGUCUAUCUCGUUUAGCAUUGGAGAGCAGGGAACUGCAAACUUCUUCCGGAUCCAGUUAGUGAAGGGAAAACAAGUAAUUGCCGACGCCGACUCCCCUUUCACCGUGAGGGAGGUUGGGAACUUCAUCAUCAUAACCACGCCCCAGGGUAUAACACUGGAGUGGGACAAAGGCACCAGGCUCUACCUCAAACUGAGCACACAACAUAAAGGACAGGUUGUUGGGUUAUGCGGUAAUUUUAACGGGAACCAGAAGGAUGACUUCUCCACGCCCCAGGGCGGCCCUUCCGCUUCCAAGGCAACCUCGUUUGCUGACAGCUGGAAGUUGCACGGGUACUGUGCCGACUCAAAGGAAAUCGAAGAUACUUGCGCGGCGAACACGGAACGCGGCCCCUGGGCUCAGAAGCAGUGUAGCGUCCUGUCCAGUAAAUUGUUCGAGGCAUGCCAUCAUGUUGUUGCUUACCAGGAGUUCAUUGACAGAUGCGUGUUUGACGCAUGUGCGUGUGACACGGGCGGAGACUGUGAUUGUUUAUGCACGGCUGUAGCAGCGUACGCCCACCAGUGUUCUAUGAGCGGCGUCACCAUCAAGUAGAGGGCAGAGGAGUUCUGCCCGAUCAUGUGUGAGAACUGCAAGACGUAUAACCCCUGCAUCUCGAUUUGUCCAGUGAAGACGUGCGACAACCGCCUGGUGUACGACACGCUCAUACAGGACUGUGGCCAGGAGACGUGUGUGGAGGGAUGCGACAUUGAGCCCUGCCAACCAGGUCAAGUGUAUGAGAGCAACAAGGAACCAUUCAAGUGUAUUCCUGAGGCGUUCUGUAAUACAACCUGCCUUACAUUAAACGGGAAGGAGUAUAAGGAAGGGGAGAGAAUCCUGGAUCCGACCAUCUGUAGAAUGGACUGCGAAGUCUGCUACUGUGACCAGCACCAGGUGAAGCGUACCGGCGUCUGCACAGGCACCCCGCCACCGGUAAGUAGCACCGUCACCUCCGCGGCAACCGUCUCCCCACCAAUCUUCACUGCCUCCCCGACCGUCCCCACCAUGACGGCCCAGUGUGUCCAGAAUGGUCCAACAGCCUGGAUGAGCGUAUCCGUCCCGACCCCCUACAACCAGGGUGACGUUGAUUCCAUCCGGAACUUACGAAGUCAAUACACAUUCUGUGACGCCGGUCAGAUGAGAGCUAUCGAAUGCCGUGUUGUUGGAACAACGACGGCAUCUGCCGCUGCUGGGCAACGCGUGUUUUGUGACCUGAGGCACGGGCUGAAGUGUUACCAUAGCGACCAGAAUCCGGGAGAACAGUGCCAUAAUUACGAAGUCAGGGUCACUUGUGACUGCAGUCUGCCAAUCACCACCACUAUUGCUCCAAACACGCUUCCCACGGGCUCCCCAACCCCUCGGCGAUUGGACUUGGGCACAUCCACCACCACACCUCAUCCAAACCAAACCUUUGUCACGCCUCCUAACCUUCCCCCCACUUUAACCGAGUGUAAAGAACCCAGAUGGACGAACUGGAUGAACAGCGUGAAACCUGUGGACGGGAAUGACAUAGAAUACCUACCCGCUCUUGUCAAGAGCUUUGGAUUCUGUCGGGAAGACCAGAUCGCCUACACUCAAUGCCGACGAGUGUCAGACAAACUGAGUUUCGAUGUCACCGGAGACCUUCAGACCGUGUGUAGCACUAAGGCUGGUUUCGCCUGUUAUGGUUCAAACCAACCCGACGGGCGAUGUGACGACUAUGAAUUCAGAGUUUACUGCCAAUGUGAAAAUAGCGUGUGUGACAAGCAGCUCAUCAGUGAUGUUCGGUCAGUGGGUGACACACAGUUUACGGCAUCGACUUCUGGUAGCGGCUCAACUGCCGCCAUGGCGCGCCUUGACAGCGUGAGCGGAUGGCGUGCGGCUUCCGGCGACAGAACACCCUGGGUGCAGGUCAACUUUCAGGAGCCCGUCACCGUUGCCGGCGUCAUUACACAGGCUGUUAAGGACGGAUCGGCGUACACCUCUAAGUAUACACUAUCCUAUAGUAGUUUCAACUGCUCCAACUUCCAGACUUACACCGCCACCGACGGGAUACCAAUGGUUUUCGAGGGUAACACAGGAGGCUCCGGCGAUGUUAGACAUAUAUUGCCUGGAAAGAUGAUUGCUGUAUGUGUGAGGUUAAGUCCAACUGAAUUUACCAGCGCUCCAGCCCUCAGAUUUGAUAUCCUUGGAUGCCGCGAACACAUAUCCUUUUUUUAAGUUCCGAAUGGCGGUUUUUUUACCUCAACCCCCCACAUGCCUUCACCAAAUGGACAUGUCACCGGGAUCUCAACAGUGAGCACCAACAUGACCAAGCCCAUGCCCUACAUCUGCGUUCCUGGAUGGACACCGUUCAUGAGCGUCGACACGCCCGGAGCUUUUAACACCUGGGAGAAGAGCGGACCAGGUGACACUGAACCGAUUACCGAACUCCGGAAUCUGUACGGCUUCUGCGCCAAACCAACCGGCAUCCAGUGUAGGACUAAGGUCGAUAAACUUCCGUACACGAUGUCUAUGAAUUUUGAUACUGUUUGCAAUCUUGAGAAAGGAUUUGAAUGUCUGAAUUCUGCACAGGGUGGCAUGGAAUGUGGAGACUAUGAAGUCAGCUUUCAGUGCGACUGUGGAACAACCCCGCAAUUCCAAACGACAAUUCCAAGUGUAACCGGUACACCAUCGGCUCCCAAACCCGCUUGCGGAUGGACUAAUUUCAUCAACAGCUACCUAAGAACACCAACAAGCACUGGCGACUACGAAACGAUUCAUAACGUCAGGAUGAAGUAUGAGUUCUGCGAGUUUCCCGUGCGAAUCGAAUGCAGGGAUACGGAAACGAAACAAGACUUCACGACUAUCAGUCAGGCAGGUGUAUCUUGUGAUGUCAACCGAGGUCUUGUCUGCGAAGACAAGGGUCAAUCUGGAGGAAAAUGCAAGGAUUAUGAAAUUAGACUGUAUUGUGUUGAUGCAUGUCAAGGCACCGUUACGCCAACAUUGACACCACAUGGCAAAGUAACCAACACACGUACCCGGACGCCAGGAGCACCAGGAGCCUGGGGUACACCUUCUCUCACGCCACCAGGGCAAGGCAUUGGAACAUCAACUCUCACACCACCAGACCAUGCCACCGGUACGCCCACACUAACACCAGCAGGUCAAGGCACCGUUACGCCAACAUUGACACCACAUGGCAAAGCAACCAACACACGUACCCUGACGCCAGGAGCACCAGGUACCUGGGGUACACCUUCUCUCACGCCACCAGGGCAAGGCAUUGGAACAUCAACUCUCACACCACCAGACCAUGCCACCGGUACGCCCUCACUAACACCAGCAGGUCAAGGCACCGUUACGCCAACAUUGGCACCGCAUGGCAAAGCAACCAACACACGUACCCUGACGCCAGAUGUACCAGGAGCCUGGGGUACACCUUCUCUCACGCCACCAGGGCAAGGCAUUGGAACAUCAACUCUCACACCACCAGACCAUGCCACCGGUACGCCCACACUAACACCAGCAGGUCAAGGCACCGUUACGCCAACAUUGACACCACAUGGCAAAGCAACCAACACACGUACCCGGACGCCAGGAGCACCAGGAGCCUGGGGUACACCUUCUUUCACGCCACCAGGGCAAGACAUUGGAACAUCAACUCUCCUUCCGCCGGGCCAAGCCACCGGUACGCCAACCCUGACACCACCAGGCCAAGCCACUGGAACACCAACUCUCACUCCGCAAGGCAAAGCUAUCGGUACGCCAACCCUCAAACCACCAGGUCAAGCCACAGGAACACCGACUUUGAUACCAACUGGCCAAGCCACCGGUUCACCAACCCUGUUACCACCAGGCCAAGCCACUGGAACACGAACUCUAACACCGCCAAGCAAAGGUACCGGUAAACAAACCCUGAUACCACCAGGCCAAGCCACUGGAACACCAACUCUCACUCCAUUAGGUAAAGGUUCCGGUAAGCCAACCUUGACACCACCAGGCCAAGCCACUGAAACACCAACUCUCACUCCGUCAGGCAAAGGUACCGGUACACCAACACUGACACAACCAGGCCAAGCUACUGAAACAUCAACUUACACUUCGCCAGGACAAGCCACUCCAUCAACCUUGACACCACCAGGCCAAGCCAGCGGUUCACCAACCCCGACACCACCAGGCCAAGCCAGCGGUUCACCAACCCCGACACCACCAGGCCAAGCCAGCGGUUCACCAACCCCGACACCACCAGGCCAAGCCAGCGGUUCACCAACCCCGACACCACCAGGCCAAGCCAGCGGUUCACCAACCCCGACACCACCAGGCCAAGCCAGCGGUUCACCAACCCCGACACCACCAGGCCAAGCCAGCGGUUCACCAACCCUGACACCACCAGGUCAAGUGACCGCUUCACCAACCUUUGCGCAAAGUUCAACACGUUCAACUCUGGAACCGUCCAUGAUUUGCAAGGAAGGUUGGACGGACUGGAUUAAUUUUGGAAUUCCCGCAAAAUCUGAAGGAGACUUCGAAACUUACACGAGCAUACGAGGUUAUCCGAAUACCUGUGAGGAAGUCGUGGCCGCAGAGUGUCAGAUCGCAUCUACCGGUCAAAACUAUAUGUACUCAGGCCAGGAUGUCUCGUGUAGUCCAGAAGGCUUAAUGUGUGAGGACGGGCCAUCACAGAAGUGUGUCGACUACAAGAUUAAGUUUUUCUGCUCGUGCCAAACUGAGCUGACCACACCUUCAGUCACUACCAUCGUGAAGCCUCCGCCAGGCAUGGACAGUGGUACACCCACAAUGACUCCGCCAUCACAGAACACUGAUGUACCAACAAUGACUCCUCCAAGCGUGACCGAUGUGCCAGGGACGACGGGAAAAUACAACUGCACACAAGGUUGGACUUCCGCCAUGAGCGUCACCACUUCUGCUAUUACCGGGGACGAAUUAGAGACGAUCACGGACUUGAGGAGGAAAUACAAGUUUUGUGACGACGAGAUGAUUGUGUCCAUUAGGUGUGCCGAUCUGAUUUCUGACAAGACCGCCGAAGAGUUGGGUCAAAAGGUCACGUGUGACAUGACCGAAGGCCUCAUCUGUAAGGGUGCAGACCAGGCCGGUGGCAAGUGUGCGGACUACACGGUGCAGUUCUACUGCGAUUGUGAAGCCUCCAUGAUGACCACAACCUUAGCUCCCCCAAUUAUACCAGGAGGUACCCCAGCGCUUCGGCCACCAUACCACGAGCAAGUCACACCAACACUCAAGUCCACCUCGCACCCAGGAGAGACCACAGUCACGCCCCGGAGGUCAUGUGAUAUACCCCUUGGAGUAACAGACAGGCAGAUUGUGUCAGAUAGUCAACUUUCAGCUUCAACCUCCUUCAAUUUUACCUUCGAAACAACUAAUGGCCGUCUGAUGCAGCAACCUUCAGGGACAAACGGAGGAGCGUGGAUGCCAAGAUUCUUCGAUACCCAACAAUUCAUUCAAGUGGACUUUGGUCAACCCGAGAAAAUAUCCGGGGUGGUAACACAAGGACGACAGGACACUGACCAAUGGGUUGAAUCAUUCCUGAUUGAGACCAGUCUUGACGGUAUUCACUGGUACAAGUACGCGGACCGAGAUUCCAAGAAAGCCUACACCAUAUUCCCUGCAAAUUUUGACCGCAACACGCCCGUCAAGUCUUUCUUCGACCGUGAAGUUGACGCCCAAUACGUGCGCAUCGUACCAAUGACAUGGAAUGACAAGAUUGUCCUUCGGUUCGACGUGCUGUCCUGUUAUGGACGGUCAAAGACGCCGUCUCCGGGUCAUUUCACGACCGACAGGCCUACAGUCACCACGCCAACCUCAGUUGAACCAACACCCCCUCCUUUGUGCUUGGAGCCCAUGGGUAUCGACAACCCAAUGCUCGUAAAAGACGGUCAGCUUACCUCUAGCUCUAACCUUGACUCGAUGCACGGUGCGGCUGCUGGCAGGUUAUAUAACGAGUUCACUGGAUGGGCCCCCGUUUCGACUUCCGGUAAGCAGUGGCUACAAGUAGAUCUAUUGGAGCCCCGCUAUGUUUCCGGUAUCCUCACACAGGGCAUCCCAGACAAGGACAUGUGGAGUGUACAAUACGUUGUCUCCUUCUCUAAUGAUGGCUAUACCUUCACCGCAUACUCGGAGAAAAAUGGUGGGCUUCCUAUGUUAUUCAAUGCCAACAACGAUCGUAACUCCAUCGUCAAGAUGAUGUUUAACCGAAACAUUGUGGGACGAUAUGUCAGAGUCACGCCUAUUGAAGGAGGCUGGGCGGGUAUCGGUCUGAGGUUCAACCUGAUUGGCUGUUUUAACAUAUCGACUACGGCACCGCCGAUGACAACCCAGACAGUGGUACCACCUACUCUGUCAUUCGCCCUCCCCAACAUUACAACACCUAUUAUCGUACCUCCAACACAGAUUCUCCCAGUGUGUACAAUCCCCAUGGGUAUUGGUAACCGGUACAUUAUCAGAGCCAAUCAGAUCUCAGCUUCCUCCAGCCUCGAUAUCGAGCCGAUAUCUUUUGGGUCUUCAGGAAUCAAGUUGCCCUGGACACCUGUGCCAACGGACCUCCACCCGUACGUCCAAGUAGACUUCUUGGAGCCAAAAACCCUAUCGGGCGUGCUCAUUCAAGGCAGCCCGUACAAGUCCGAAUGGGUAACAUCCUACCAAGUUUACACCAGCUUAGAUGGCAAUACUUGGACACCAUACUCCGACAUCGUGAAUGCUAAAAUACCUACGACUUUCAAAGGCAACAAGGAUAACACUGGAGAGGUUACCAAUUUGUUUAACAGGAACAUCUAUGGUAGAUUUAUCCGGAUCUACCCAAUCAGUUUCCACACAGCUGCUACCCUGAUGUUUGAGAUCCUAGGAUGUAACCCAUCAGAGGCUGUUAACAUGACAACAACAGUGUCUCCAAGCGGUGUCAGCACAUUUACACCGACUGUGUCCCCACCAGCGGGCUCAAAGAACACCCCGACCAUUACUCCACCUUCACAGACUGGUACCCCAACCACACUAGGAUUUGGACAAACUGUGCCAAUUACAACUCCGACCUACGUGGCUCCCCCAACAGUUUGUCUGACGCCAAUGGGUCUUGAGUACACCCGAACCGUGUUUGAUCGUCAAAUCACAUCGUCUUCAAAAAUGAAUGAGCUCACUGGGGCCACACAAGGCAGAAUACACAGUAACUCAAGCUGGAUUCCUAGUCUAAACGACUCAUCUCCAUGGAUCCAAGUCAACUUUGAAAAGCCAAAACUGUUGAGCGGUAUAUUGACACAGGGAGAAAACGGCGGGCAAAGAUGGGUCACCAAAUACACGGUAGAUUUCAGCAUGGAUGGCAAAACCUUCUAUCCAUACACCCUCCUUCUUGGCGACCCCAAACCCGUUGUGUUUAGUGGUAACAACGACAGCAACUCACUGGUCAGACAGCUUUUCAACAGAAACGUCACAGCGCAGUACAUACGUAUUCACCCUAAAGAAUGGCACGGAAAUGCAGCAGCUAUUCGGUUCAACAUCAUCGGUUGCAACCCAGACAGUCCACAGACACCGACUGUAACGACUCCAAGUCCCUCUGUCACCCCACCGAUUACUGUAACAGGCGUCCGAAUUACAAACGUGUACGAGCACAUCAGCACCAUCUCGGGAAUGUUCCCACCUUCACUAUGUACGGUACCAAUGGGGGUUGCAAACACUCUGAUUGUCAAGGAUCAGCAGUUGAGUGCCUCAUCAUCCAAUGAUAUGUUCAGUGGCGCCGAGAGAUCGCGAUUUGAUGCUCAGAAAGAUGGUAGUUUCUAUGGCGGCUGGGUAGCAGGAGAAAAUAACAUUAAGCAGUACAUCCAAGUGGAUUUUCUGGCACCAUACUACGUUGGCGGAAUUAAGACUGAAGGACGCUCGGACAAAGACCAAUGGGUUACGAAGUACGAGAUCUAUUACAGCACGGAUGGGAAACACUAUAGCGCCCUGCCCAAGUCCUACAUGGAUAGCUCGCCAAUGGUGUUCACCGGAAAUAAAGACUCCGGCACGCCUGUUGCAAACUUGUUCAACCUGGUGGCCGCUCGUUGGAUCAGAAUCCACCCAGUCGAAUGGCACAAUGCCAUUUCAGUAAGAUUCGAGGUACUUGGCUGCAUGUCUCCGUCGCGGUCACUGCUUACGACCACCACAGUCCCUACCACACCGACUACACCCAUGUCUGUAACCGGUACACGCACACCUGGUACCGGAACCGCCACCGGCACAAGGCCAGCCUCCAUUGUUAGCCCAACCGCCUGUGCAUACUGGACACCUUGGGUGAGCGCCAGCAAGCCAGACAAGGAGGGGGAAUACGAGUCAGCCUGGCAGUUGAAACAGCUUAUUACUUUCUGCGACUACCAGUACGUCCAACAGACCGAGUGUAGGACCACAGGUACGCACAUCCCGUACUAUCAGACUGGCGAGAAUGGUGUGAUUUGCAACAAUGACUUGAAGGGCCUUCUUUGCUACGCCAAGAACCAAUCCGACGGCAGUUGUCUCGAUUAUGAAAUCCGAGUCUUCUGUGACGAAUGUGCAUCUACACCAGCUGUUACAACACCGGCUCCUAAGACGUGCAACCCACGCUGGCUACCUUGGAUUAACAGCAUGACACCAACAAACGAAAUGAGCUACGUCGAGCACGAGUUCAUGAGCCUUCAGAAACAACAAGAACUUUGCUUCGAUGGCAAAAUCACUCGAAUUGAAUGUCAAACAAUAUAUGGAGUUAGCUUCCACAGAGCUGGGACCUUGGGCUCUACCUGUGAGAUUCUUAGCGGUCUUACCUGCAAGAAUAGCGACAACUAUCCUGUUCCAUGUGAUGACUUCCAGGUCCGAUACUACUGCGACUGUGCGCCUCCGACAAUAACUCCAACGGGCUACACAGGAAAUGGCACUCCGACAAUAACUUCUCCUGGCUACACCCGAACUGGCACUCCGACUUUAACUCCUCCAGGCUACACCGGAACUGGCACUCCGACAAUAGCCCCCACAGGCUACACUGGAACUGGCACUCCGACAAUAACUCCUCCAGGCUACACAGGAACUGGUACUCGUACAAUUACUCCAACGGGCGACACCGGAACUGGCACUCCUACAGUAAGACCACCUGGUUAUACAGGCACUCCGACACAGAAACCUGGCGGUAACGACAACGGCACUCCAACCUUAACACCACCAGGUAAUACGGAUACAGGUUCACCGACAAUCACUCCUCCUGGCUACAUCGAAACUGGCUCUCCGACAAUCACCCCAACCGGCUACAACGGAACUGGUACUCCGACAAUAACUCCAACGGGAUCUACUGGAUUUAUCACUCAGACAAUAACUCCUACAGGCUACACAAGAACUGGCACGUCGAUAUUAACUCCAACAGACUACACCGACUCUGGCACGCGGACAGUAAGACCACCUGGUUAUACAGGCACUGGCACUCCGACACUGAAACCUGGCAGUAAGAACAACGGCACUCCAACCUUAACACCAUCAGGUUAUACAGGUACAGGCCCUCCGACAAUCACUAUUCCUGACUACACCGGAAUUGGCUCUCCGACAAUCAUUCCCCCUGGCUACACCGGAACUGGCUCUCCAACUCUCUCUCCGACAGGCUAUUCUGGUACAGGAAUUCCAACUGUUUCUCCAACAGGACAUUCAGGAGGGACUCCAACACUCAUACCAACUACUUGUGCUAUUGUCACUAAAUGGUCAUCUUGGGUCAACCGCCAUACACCGGAUGCGACUAAAGAUGAAAUCGAGAGCAUGACAGCUGCUGAAAAAAUAACAUUCUGUGGCUUAGGAAAGAUUAUUGCUGUUGAGUGUAAAACUAUCAAUAACAUACCAAGCUACAGUGCGGGAGAUUUUGGUUUUAAGUGUGACAUAACCAAUGGUGCCACGUGCGUAGCCAAGGAUAACUUCCCUAUUGGUUGUCAAGACUACAUGAUCAGAUAUCAAUGUCAAGAGCAGAUUUGUGGUGGUAACCAAACCACCGAUGGUACCGGAACCCGAACUUUCAGUCCAAAGGUACCCGGUCAGAACACACCGACGUUGACACCACCCGGUGGAAGCACGGCCACACCCACUGCGGUCCCCACCACCGUCUGUGCCACAACAACACGCUGGAGCAGUUGGUUGAAUCGGGAUAAACCGAUCACAGGAGAAGGGGAUAAGGAGGCUAUGACUGGUGAAGAAAAACAGAAGUUCUGUCCAGGUGGCACGAUUGCGACAGUGGAAUGUGCUUCAAUCGAUAGUGUACCGUAUUACCUGAGUUUGGACAUAGUGGACUGUAACCCCAUUACUGGACUCUUUUGUGACAACAAUAUGAAUAUGGAAAUGUGUGCAGACUACAUGAUUCGGUACCAGUGUGAAGAGACAACAUGUACAGGACCUACCCUGCCACCAACUACACAGAGCCAGUCCACACUCACUCCUCCACGGUUCUCUCGCACAACCACAUCUCCAGGACAAGGCGGGAAACUGACAACGUAUACACAUAAAGGGACAACGCAUACAGGAACGGUAUCCACUUUCGAAACGCCAAAGUUUGCCUCGUCUACAGCCCACCCAAACACGUCUGGAAACCAAACACCAACACAGUCACCGUCGUUGAUAUGUGAAACAAAAAAGCGUUGGUCUAUGUGGAUUGACAGAAGAACACCUGGAAUCAAUGCGACUGGUGAUCACGAAUACAUGACAACCACGGAGCUCCAACGAUUUUGCGCUAGAGGAGCAAUCAGUGGUGUUGAAUGCCAAACCUUUGACGGUCACAAUUUCGAUAAAACUCCAGACUUUGUGACUUGUACUAUGGAAAACGGUCUUGUAUGUGACGGGGUAGAGAACUUUCCGAUAGCAUGCAUGGACUAUAGAAUGCGAUAUGAAUGCACAGAACAAAUAUGUCAAACGCCAACUGCAAGUGCUGCUAGUACACCUACAGUCCAUCCGCCGAGUGCCACCGACGGUGUCCCAACUGUAAGUCCAUCGGGAUCCUAUACAGGAACCCCGACAUCGCAACCACCAGGUGUAACAGGUAAGCCAACGGCCCGUCCACCAAAUGCCACAGGCGGAGUACCCACUGAAACCCCUAAGCGUUUUUACACUGAUACCCCAACAAUGCACCCAACGGGAGUUUCCGGUGAGCCAACGGCCCUUCCACCGAAUUUAUCAGGCGGAGUACCCACUAUUACCCCUAAGGAAUCUUGCACUGGUACUCCAACAAUGCACCCAACGGGAGUUUCCGGUGAGCCAACGGCCCUGCCACCGAGUGCAUCAGGCGGAGUACCCACUGUAACCAGGAAGGGAUCUUACGCUGGUACUUCAACAAUACCUGGCGUUUCUGGCCAUCCAUCCAUUGGCCGUACUGUUAUACCAACCGUUAAUCGCUGUACACAGAGUCAUUGGAGCUCAUGGAUUAACAGAGAUAACCCUAACAUUGGCGGUGGCGACUACGAAAGUUUGACUGACAAAGAGAAGGCUGAUUUCUGUAUUGGCGGCACUAUCAAGAGUAUUGAGUGCGUCACAACCGACGGCAUUGCUUCCUACAGCUCUGGAGAAAUUAUCUCAUGCACGCUUCUUAACGGAUUUUCUUGCAACAGUCAAGACAAUGCUCCGAUUCCUUGCAGUGACUACAAAAUCCGAUACUUUUGCCAGUGUGAAGAAACCUCUUCUACCACAAGUGUUAAACCCACACCUACCAUUUCGUUUAAUGGUACGCUGAACCAACCGACCCUGCAUCUUACAUGCGGCUGGUCUCCGUGGCUAAAUGUUGAUAGACCAAACUUUGAAUCCGCAGAUUCAGGCGACCUCGAAACAGUUGCUUCUCUGAAAACCAAGUUUGGCCUCUGCAAGAAUAUCGUUGACAUUUCAUGCCGGGUUGCUGGUACGGACACAAUGGCUGAUGCUGCAGGACAGACGGAGGUGCUUUGCGAUUCGGUGAAUGGACUGCGUUGCUACAACAGAGACCAGCAGGGAGGAAUGUGCUACGACUACGAGGUCAGUGUCCUCUGCUGGGCUCCUGAAUGUUCCUUACAGGUCACUCCAAUAGUGCCGGGAGCCAAUCGAACCACUGUAUCUCAAUUUGCAGCCGCAUGCCCACCGGGCGAGGUCUGGGAAUCAUGUGCACAGAACUGCAGCGAUCUCUGUGAAGGUUACGCCCAGUCGACCGGCAUGUGCAACUCGGAAAAUCCGUGCGUACCCAUGUGCAGGAACCCUAUCGUCAAGCAUAAGUGCGCCCUCGGUCAACUGCUAAAGGACAAGGAUACUUGUGUGGCCAAGCAGAUGUGUCCGUGCAUCAAACCGGACGGUUCCGUUGCCCAGGCAUACGAGACAUGGCCUAGCCCUACCGACAACUGCUCCCUGUGUCAGUGUUCGAACAAUGAGAUCAAAUGCAAAAAAUAUGACAACUGUUAUGCCAUUCCCCAGGCAACGACAACCACACUUAUACCACCCAUAUUGAACGGCAGCAUCCCUACUCUUCGGCCAAUUGUCACACAUCCCGAUUGCGGCUGGACUGCCUGGAUCAACAGCGACAGACCAUCGUAUGGAAACGGCGAUUUUGAGACCAUCUCCAAUAUCCGCCGUAUACAUAAUUUCUGUGUCAGUCCUCUUCUUAUUGAGUGCAGGGAUACUCGUACCCACACCGCCGUGAAAGACGGCUCUCAGAAGGUCACCUGUGAUGUUACAACUGGAUUGAAGUGCUUAAACGGGGACAAUGCGGGAGGAUGUAACGACUAUGAAGUCAGAUUCUUUUGUCCAUGCGUUUCGACAACAGUUUCACCCAACCCAGCUUCAGAUAGAACCCCAACACCGCAUCCAAUAGGCGCUUCAACCGGCUUACCUACUGAGAAACCGAAAGGAAAUCCCAACAAAACACCAACAACACAGCCCAUAUGUGUAUCCGAUGGAACUCCAACACUGCAACCACCGAUGAAUAAUACCACCGUUCAGCUAACAAAACAACCAGUACAUAGCGGUGUUACACCGACAAUGUCACCAAUUGCACCAGGCGGUGGUGUUCCGACUGCUGGACCAGUCCUUUGCGGUUGGACGACUUGGAUGGACGGGCAUAAGCCUGAUGCUUUCACAGGUGAAUCUGAAACGUUUUCAGAACUGAGAACAAUGUACCAUUUCUGCAAAGACAUUGAUAUCCAAGGCAUUGAAUGUAGAGUAAAGGAUACACAUGCAAUGAUCAAUCAAACGGACCAAGUUAAUGUCAUGUGUACCAUUGCAUCUGGUGGUUUAAUGUGCUUCGGCUUCGAACAGCCAACUGGCCAAUGCUUGGACUAUGAAAUCCGAAUUUUCUGUGAACCAGCGGGACAGGUUUGUUCUGGUACAUCAACUGGCAAACCAGGUGAGACACCAACACUAGCUCAAACCGGAGCUGUAACUGGUACGCCAACUGAAAGUCUAUCAGCCGGCCGUUCUAGACUAACACCAACCUUGCCACCACCUGGGCACACAGGCGGCUCCCCAACAAACAAACCACCUGGAAUGUCAACCAAACUGCCCACCGCUCCCCCACUAGGAAUUUCAACUAAAUUGCCCACAGCUCACCCACCAAGAAAAUGCGUAGAAAAGUGGUCGCCUUGGAUAAACAGAGACAAACAGCCAGACGGAAGGGAGCAUGAACACAUGAAUGCGAUAGAAAAGGCGACGUUCUGUUACGACGGCAGGGUUUCUGGAAUCGAGUCUCCUUCGACUAUGCUGCCAACAACAGUCACCCUCCCCUACAUUCCCCCAGUCGUUUGUCGUGAGAAAAUGGGAAUGGAAAACGGGCAUAUUGUGACCAACAUGAUCACUGUCUCCUCCUCCCGAGACGGCAACCUUAAUCCAGCCUCUGCCCGACUUAACAGCCACGGCGCCUGGACACCAAACCAUAACGAUCAGAAACAGUAUAUCCAGGUAAACUUCCUAAAGCCCAUUCUGCUAACAGGAAUAAUCACCCAGGGAAGCGAGAACAGCGGUUCUUAUGUGACAUCAUACAAGGUUCUCUUCUCUAAUGACGGCGACAUUUGGUCACCAUACCAGGAUUUUGGACAAGACAAGAAUUUUACCGGCAACAACAACUCCGAAUCAAUGGCUACCAACUGGUUUGACCAUCCAAUCAGAGCGCAGUACAUCCGAGUUGUGCCGCUCACCUGGCAGGGAGUUAUUGCCAUGAGGACGGAAUUUCUUGGCUGUUACGAGGGUUACCCAAGUGUCACGACCGUACCUCAACCAACUUUCACUCAAUCAGUUGUUACACCAAAUACACCACCAACUGUUUCGAACAGCUGUAUCUUCUGGGAUAUCUGGGUCAAUGAAGGUCAUCUGACUUUGACCUCGGGCGGAGACUCCGAGCCAAUAUCCGCACUCCAAUCCUUGUCUGAACGGUGCACAACUCCAAUCAUGAUUGAUUGCGUCCGGGCCAGCGACGAGCUUCCGUAUGACCAGGCGGGCCAGAAGGUCAAGUGCGACCUCUGGAAUGGACUACAGUGCUUUAAUGCGGACAAUUCUCCACUGUGCUACGACUACAAGGCUAGAUUAGGUUGCCUGAAGAACACAACAGAAUGUUUGAACUCAGUCGGUCCCACACACCCCGCCACGACGAGCACUGUCAACAAACGGGUUCUCCGGUGCUUCGAAGGUCUGGAUAUCUCCGCCUGUCCCAAGGAUGGCUGUUCUGAUGGACUCUACUGUGAUGGUCGCCAGUGUGUCACCAAGGACAAGUGCCCAUGUUUGGUGGAUGGACAGAUUCUCAUGUCUGGAGGAUUCAAGGAGAGGUCCAACUGUGAAACUUGCCAAUGUAUCGCUGGCGAAAUAAAUUGCGAACCAAAGAAAUGUACGCCUUGUCUCCAGGGAUUCUCGUUGGUGAUUAACAAGACAACCUGUGAAUGCUCAUGUCGGUCUUGCCCUCCGGGCGAGUUCCGGUGCGGAAAUGGAGAGUGUAUCCCGCAGGAGAGACGAUGUGAUGGAAUCAUCGACUGCAUUGAUGAUGAAGUUGGUUGUGUGUCCACUCCGAUGUUUACACCACCAGUAUACGCGACUGCUACACCAACCCUCCCACCCAAAUCAAUAGGCACUGGUCAACCUACCGCUAUACCACCUGGUGGAUCGACUGGAAACCCACUCCUUGUCAACGGCACAUCAACCACAGCUAUGCUUGUCCCAGUUCAGUGCAAUAGUCAAUGGACAUCUUGGAUCAACACGGAUACUCCGGACACAGGCGAUGGAGAUAGAGAGGUCAUAAACUUUUUGGAUACCUUUGAGUCCUGGACAGCUGCCCAAAAAGCUGCCUUUUGUCAAAACGGAAAGGUUUCCCGUAUCGAGUGCAUGACGUCUGACGGUACUGCAUCCUACAGCUCCGGUGAAAUCAUGCAGUGUACUAUUGAAGGCGGAGCUGUUUGCCUGACCACUGACAAUGCACCUAUGCCAUGCAGUGACUUUAAGAUCAGAUACUUCUGUGAUUGCAAUGCGAUCCCGACGUUGCAUCCGCCUAAAGUUUCUGGAGGCGUACCGACAGUAACUCAACCUAGCGGAAGGACACAAACUACAAACAUUGCUUCAGGUUCGACCGCAUCCAUGCAAGAAAAAAUAUCUACUGCAGGCCCUGGUCAGUGUAAAAGAAGUUGGUCAUCUUGGAUUAACACGGAUAACCCUGAUAGUGUUGAUGGAGACAGAGAGUCCUGGACAGCAGCCCAGAAAGCUGCCUUCUGCCCACAUGGCAAAGUAUCCCGCAUCGAAUGCAGGACUAUCGACGAGAUCGCAUCAUACAGUUCGGGAGAAAUUAUGCAGUGUACCAUUGAGGGAGGAGCUGUCUGUUUAAACAAUGACAACUUCCCUGUUCCGUGUAGCGACUACAAGAUCAAAUACUUCUGUCAAUGCACUGGUGAGCCAUUUCGGAAUUCAGACUCUGGUGCAAAUACUUCCACCAUUCAAGGACAAGUGCCCACUGGUGCGCCUGUCCAGUGUACUAGCCAUUGGUCAUCAUGGAUCAACACAGAUACCCCUAACAGUGACGAUGGAGACAGGGAGAAUUGGACGGCCGCCCUAAAAGCUGCUUUCUGUCCGCAUGGCAAGAUUUCCCGUAUCGAGUGCAGGACAACGGACGAUAUCGCAUCUUAUAGUUCGGGAGAAAUCAUGCAGUGUAGCAUUGAGGGCGGAGCUGUCUGUUUGAAUGAUGACAACUUCCCUUUUCUGUGCAGUGACUACAAGAUCAAAUACUUCUGCGAAUGUACAGUGCGACCAACUGUCCACACCACGCAAACCCACGGUGGGCCAUCGAUCGCUCCUUGCCUUACGCGGUGGUCAAGAUGGAUAAACCGGGACCAGCCAGACAGUGGAGGGGUUGAUAUUGAGAAGAUGAACGCGCAUGAACUAAAUAAGUUCUGUCCCGAAGGACGUAUCAAGGGUAUCGAAUGUGUCACAGUCGACGGUAUAGCGUCUUACAACAGUGGGGAGAUGUUGUCUUGCUCAAUCAACAACGGACUUGAAUGUUUGAAUGACAACAACUUUCCAAUUGCGUGCAGUGACUACAAGAUUCGAUACUACUGUGACUGCGAAGUAACCCAAGGCCCUUGCAUACCGGAGCAGUGUCUACCAAUGGUAAAGCCAGUUUUGAAAGAAGGGGAGGAGCUUCAGACAGUGAUAGACGCGACCGGGUGCUGCUUCCAGUACAUCGUCACUGGACAGUCUUGGUCUGAUGGUGUCUGUACCCACUGUGCAUGCCUCGACAAAGGAGGCGUGGCCGACAUUGUGUGUCAGAAGAUAACAUGUCCUUCCUGUCCACAGGGUUACAAGACUAUUGCCCGACCUGACUUUUGCUGCCUAGACUGCCAGCCAAAUGGAUGCAUUGUCAACGGAACUAUUUACAAGGACGGUGCUACAAUGGAGUCAUCAAAGAAAUGCUACGACAAACUGUGCAUAUUCGACGCGAAACUCGCCAUGUUCAUCGUAUCAGAGACCCGGGUGCAAUGUUCUGCCUACGAACAGUUGACCGACUGCAAGGCGAACGAGGAAGCAUACGACGCCACAGGCUGUUGCAUGAAAUGUUUACCUGAACGUAACGUCACAAGCAGUAGCCUUAUAUGCCAGACAUGCGCUCCACGGCUCGUUGCUGGAAACUCCAACCAUACGAUUGGCUACUUCACGAUUAUGGACAACAUGGAAGUUUGCAAAAACAUUGAACCAAUUCCCGACCUGCUUGAAUGUUCCGGUUUCUGCAAUUCGCGCUCUUCCUAUAGUCACGUGAUGCAGGGAUUUACCAAUCGCUGCAAUUGUUGUCAAGCAACCGGAAGUGAGACAAGGAACGUGGAGCUUACGUGCACAAAUGGCAGGACAAUCACCAAGUCAUAUUCUGUACCGAAAUCGUGUGGCUGCAGUGCAUGUUCUGGCGCGAAAUAAGCUCGGGCAAAAGACACUACCUUUACUUGACAAUGCGUUAACACGGAACGGACUUCCAAAAUGGA